AGAAACAUCGGCGUGUUUCACCGUUUUGUUUACAUGCCAUUUCAGAGCGAUGAGGUGCACUCGUGGAAAUCAGAGCAGAGGCUACUGUGCCCCAAUGCCACAGCAGUGAAUUCCCUUUACCCUGCUCUAAAUUAAGCAACACUUUAGAGGAGGUAGCAUCCCAACUAAGGGUAGGAUGCAAACUAUUCUAACGACCGAAGACAGAAAAGGGACACUGAGAAGCACGAAGGUCACGAAUAAGUUACGAAAAAAGCUUUAAGAAGGCAAUUUUCUGCAAGAAUUGCUGUUACCCCAAAGCAAUGCAUAAAAAAAGAGCAUUUACUUUGUUUCUUUAUGAACAGAUUAAAAAAGGAAAUAAAUAAAUGUAACAGAUGCAUUGUAAUUUUCACCAGAUCAAUAAGAAAGCCCCCACACACACAGCACUGAUGAAAUGGACUCAGAUAAUGAUACGGCGGGAGGGCGUGUGUUUUGUCGAGUGCAAUCCUGAUUUGAUAAAAGGCUGGAGUCAGCAGCAGCAUUGCCGGAUCUCACUGCUGCAGUGAUCCCGCUCCUCACACAAGCAUUGGAAAUGCAGAUGAGGAGUCUGCAGCAGCAACAGCAGAAGCAGCCUCCCCGUUAACACACACACAGACACACCGCCAUGCGGCUGGAAAAGCACACAGACACAGCCAGGAACACCAACUCCUAAUGCUAACAAGCAGGAGAGAAGGGAAAAACGACAGAGGAUUCAAGACGGAGAAUUCUUAACAGAUUGAGAAGAGGAUAAUACACCAGCCCUGCUGCUGCUGCUGCAGAGAGAGAGAGAGAGUGACAGAGAGGAGGAUUGUGAACUGAUGGAGAAGCGAAGUGCAAUGCUGAGGUUCCCUGUGCUGGAGCUCGCCUGCUUGCUGGUCCUGCUGCUCAUGGGGGAGGUCCUGUCAAUCUGCCCCCGGACCUGCUUGUGCACCAGGAGCCACCGGGAAGUGGACUGCUCUGGGAGGAACCUGAGUGAACUCCCCGACGGGCUCCAACACAACAUCCACACCCUCAACCUCUCCUACAACAGCCUGGUGGAGCUGCACUACCUGCUGAGCCGCUUCGCACACCUGCGCACCCUGGACAUCUCCUACAACCUGCUCACAGACUUCCCAGCCAGCCUGCCCAGAGCCCUGUGGGAGAUCUACGCCUCGGGCAACGGCAUGAGGCUCCUGGACAAGAACGACACGGCUUAUCACUGGAACCUCAAAACCCUGGACCUGUCUGGGAAUGAGCUGGAGAGGGUGGUGUUCAUCAACAACACCCUGCCCAACCUGAGAUCGCUCAACCUGAGCAGCAACAAGUUCUGGACGGUGCCCACCAACAUGCCGGCCAAACUGCAAACCGUGGAUUUAUCCAACAACUACCUGGUGCAAAUCCUUCCGGCUACGCUGGACAGGCUGCCAGACCUCGCCUAUUUCUACCUGCAUAACAACAGGUUCAGCUCCGUGAGCGAUCGGGCUUUCAGCAAACUGACCGGCCUGAAGCUGAUCACUCUGAAUGACAAUCCCUGGGUGUGCGAGGAGGAGCAGAACAUCUCGUACCUGCUGAGCUGGGUGAAGCAGACUCCCGCCCGCGUCGUCGGCUGCCCGUGCUUUACCAGGCACGUGUGCGGCCGAGCACAGGGAGACAAGCCGCAGCCCCGGCUGACCACAAACGGAGGCUGGCACUUCGCUUCGUACACGCAGUCCAGCGCGACCGGCAGCAGCGGCAGGGUUUACGGGAGGCCAAUGCCAGCUGUAACAGAGAGUUACGCUUCCAACUCUGCCGCGGUGCUACUGAAGCCACCGUCCAACAGGACCUCCUCGCACGGCUCAGCCGUCCACCCUCCGGUAUUUAAAAGCCGCUUCCCCUUGACUUCCUCUUCCGUUACAACACCAGAUCUACCAAGGAGCACAACUCCCAGUUCCACCACAAGCGCUACCAGGAAAACGGCAAGCGUUAUCCGAAGCACAAGCACAAGCUCCACCGCCAACGCCCUCAGAGCUGUCGCUGUGAACCUUUUACUUCCAACGCUGGCGAUGAUGACAGUCACCUGAAAACAAUCCCUUUUAAAACAACACACAACAGAAAAGAAAACAUUUUGUUACGUUUCCAACGUUUUUAAGUACUGACUGUAUUCUCGUGUACUCUAGUGAAUGUAUACUCGUAAACCAGAACAAAAUGCUUAGAGUGCUCUCCUGCCUUCUGCAAUAUACAGUACCACCAUUGUAUGGCUAUAUUGGGCACACAUUUAAAAACGUGCAUUCAAGCUAUUUUCUCUCUCUGUACUUUGCUUGUUCCUUAAUGGAUACUGUAUUUUAUGACUUCCUAAUGUUAAAGGAAUGAAGAAGUAUGCUUGCGAUGUUUUUGGUUUGCAGGCUUCAUCAACAUGUACAUUGAGCAUUUUUUAAUUUUAGCAUUCUAAACAAUUUGAAUUUGUUUACUACUGGUUGAAAAUACAAGAAGUUGAAAAAUGAAGUGGAUUUUUUUUUUUUUUUUUUUUAACUUCCCUGCAAAGACAUUAAUAAAGAAAUGACAGCUCAUGUUUAAAGCAGCGUUAAAAGGUUUGAAAUCUGUCUGCAUGCAUCAUCAACAUAGCCGUGCUCUCCUCUGAAAUGCUGACUCCCAGAUAAUUUAAAAAAUUUCAUUCCACAAAAACAUCUUGAGAUUCUUCUUCAAACACAAUUCCUUACAAAACAGGAUUAAUUAUAAUAAGUCAUUAUGACUCCGGAUUUAAUUAAAAAAACAUUAACCUAAAAAAAUGUUAAACAAAACUUUUUUUUUUUUUUUUUUUUUUUUUAUAGCACUGAUGUUCCGUGACCAAAGUUAGAAAUGCAGAUGGCAUUUGCCACAAUAUUAGCUGCAGUAGCUGUUAUACAAGCCUCCAGCAGAGGGCGCAAAGCUUCACUGCAGCAUGCUUUCAAAAGCAGCACCUUUCUGUCCAAUAAUGAACACGUUUUAAAGCAAAGUAUCUUCUUGUUUAAAGACUCUGAUGGGUUUCAAAAGGCUACGCAGACAAUCGGCUGUCUUUCGGCAGAAAGGCACUCUGAAAAUGUUUUUUAAAAACACACACAAAAAUACUGAAGCAGCCUCCGAGUGUAAUCUGGAAAAUCGUUUGUUCAACUUCGCUGCUACUAUUUAUUAGCAAACCACAGCGAUUAAAAGUACAUUUUAAACCAAUACGAUAUAAAAUUUUGUUUGCAAACAAACACUAUGGUAAAUCUACUGUACCAUAUACUACCUUACAAUAUAUUCUUAAACAGUGUUUUUCAAUCCAUUCCAGUCCAUGAUCUGCACCCAACCAUGUCUUCAACAAAUGAAUGGAGCUGUGCUUCAACCACGUCUGCUUGUUUAACCAGGUAAUUGAGGACCAGGUUGGAACAAAAUCCUGGAUUGGAAUGGAUUGAAAGAGCCGCAAGUGAGGAACUCUAAAAUCGAGGAAUACCCCAGACACCAAAAACAAAGAUUACAAGACUGAGUUACUGCACCGUCCACAUUCGAGGGCCUGAGUGCGAUCACAAGUUUCUCACAACACAACUCUGGCCUGUUCUUCUGAAGCACAGACAAAAGCACUAACUUAUCUCCUCAUGUACUCUCAGCUUUACAAGUACACAGCUUCUUGGAACAAGCACACAGUGUCCAAACAGCGCUGCAUUGUAUUCAUGUGUCUUUGCCUGCUGCCAUUUGGAAAACGAGAUUUCCAACCAAUAAAUAACAAUUUUCCAAGACAGCUCUCAUAUAUUAGCCUACUAGCGCUGGGCGCACCCUGCUCCACACACGCCUAGCUUAGUCAAAUCCGUGGUUUCAGGUAUCCCAGAAAAACACGUCAGCUGUGAGGUCACCAGCUCGGACAGCAAUAAAGAAGAGAACUUCUGCAUUGGCCCCAGCACUUCCUACCAGACACCUCUACAGGUAGCACAAUUCAACACCCACCUGCACCAGAUACAGAAUAUGGAAAGAAUCUGGAUUUUCGUGGCAUUAUUUGGCUGCCUUAUUAUGGAUUUCUCAGCCAACGCAGCAACCAGCAGCAACAUCACCAGCAACACCAGCUGCACCAGCUGCACCAGCAGCACCAGCAGCAGCAGCUCAGCGGCUCUGGCCAGCAAUCCCAUACUUCUGCUCAGUGCUGUUACAAGCCUCCCCGUGCUGCUGAUGAAGAACGCUCUACUCAAUUAACAGCAGCGCUUGAGACGCAAAGACAUUCACUGGAACUCCUGUUAAAACGCUUUAGAAGCUCUCUGCAACUGGAGUUUUUCUUUUUCUUUUUAUCGCUCAUAUUAAAAUGUAUAAGCUGAUGAUACAGAG